AUGAGGCAAAAACGUCAGGCAAUGUCGUACGUAGGAACCGACACUGUUUGCCGAUUGGUCAUUGUUGCCGAUUUUUAUUUCUUCCAAAAUAUUGGACAGAGUGAUAGAAGAACAACAGGAGAAUAUAUUAUUGGAAUAAUCGGCAGAGUAAAUGCAAUUUAUAAGGCAACAUACUGGCCAGUUUCAAGCUCAAACAUCAGGAAUCUUGGAUUUGAAAUUGCAGAGCUGAUUGUGCAUGACUCCUACACAUAUGUUCCUCCCCAAGGCCGCCAUUACAACAUGAGGAACCGACCCCAGGAUAUGGGACUCGUGCUAGAUAUGUUUGGUUGGGAGUAUCAGAAGUUCUACGCUUUCUGUUUAGCUCACUUGUUCACAUAUCAGUCGUUCCCAGGGAAACUAGGCUUGGCAUACAUAGCUUCGUGGAGGAACACUGAUUUGGGUGGAAUGUGUUCUCCGGUGGCAUAUAAGGACGGUAGAAAAAUGGCAGCAAACACUGGACUCAGUACCUACCGUAAUCCUGAUGGAAGCCAAGCUCUCAUCCACCAAGCCACCAUCACUACAGCUCACGAAUUUGGUCAUAAUUGGGGGAGUGAACAUGACCCGGACACUGAUAACUGCGCCCCCUCCACUUCAGACGGUGGCCGCUUUAUCAUGUAUCCUUCCGCCGUCUCUGGAUACGAAAAAAAUAAUCAGCUCUUUUCGCCAUGUAGUAAACAGUACAUUUACAAAGUUGUAAUGAUGAAAGGAUAUGACUGCUUUAAAGAGGCAUCAGACUCAGGACAGGGCUUAUGUGGUAAUGGCCGUCUGGACAAGAAUGAAGAAUGUGAUGCUGGCUACACAGGCGACAAAUGCUGUAAUGAAAAGUGUGAGUUCAGGGUCAAAGUUCGAGGUCAAAUUCAAUGCAGCCCCAUGAACUAUGCUUGCUGUGUGAAUUGUACUGUUGCACCGCCCGGUUAUCAGUGCUUAGACCAGUUUGACGACAACUUUGAUUGCAAGGGGAAAUCCCAUUGCAAUGGAGGCCUUACCUGUCCAAAAGCCACUUUUAAAGUCGACAAUACCUCCUGUCUAAAUGGAUAUGGGAAAUGUAAAAGUGGACAAUGUUUGGACCCAUGUAAAGAUGUGGGCAGAUAUCCAUGCCUCUGUUCAGGGGAUGAUGCAUGUAAGACAUGCUGCUACAAAACCAAAACACAGCUUUGUGAGCCUUUAUCAGAGAAAAUUCUGGAGGAUGGGAGACCAUGCUACAAUGGAUUUUGUAAACAAGGGAAAUGUCGUAAAUCAGAGUCCAAGCUGGUGCAAAGGCUGUAUUCCAUAAUUCAGUCUUUGAGUAUUGACUUUGUGGCUGAGUUUAUGAAGAACAACAUUGUGUGGACAGUGCUAAUAUUGGCGACCCCAUUGUGGAUCGUGGGUAUUGCAAUCAUUAAUAAAUUUGAUGAGAAAAAUGACAUGAGUUCAGAAGUAAUAGAUGAUAAGGAUGGAAGGAUGAAAGCCUUGAUAGCUGACGAUGACAAAGUACUUCACGUCAGUCGACGUCCAAAACCUUUAGAUUUUAGUACUUGAACAGUGAAUCAAGAUCAUAACUAUCGAUUAUUGUGAUAAACAUCCUCCUACCAACUGAAUUAAGGUUGUUUUACUGUGUGUGUGUGUGUGUGUGUGUGUGUGUGUGUGUGUGUGUGUGUGUGUUCGUCUAUAUACACUUCUGAGGUAUUAUCUCUGUUUACACACCAACAGACUGAGGUAUGUGUUGAUUAGCGAGGUACUUUUCCCGUAACCUCGGAAUGUAUACCUCAUUUUUUACGUGCUCAGCUUGUGAAGAUUGCGUGGUUUAAAUUUAGCAUAUACCUCUUUAAGACGUCAGAUGGUUGGAAGGUGUGUGUUCUACAAAUUUCGAAUCAUAAUUUGUCAUUUUUUACUCAAGCACACACUUUCUCAAUCGAAGCCUCUGAUUGGCUGAAAUUUUAAUUGGUUGUUCAACAUUAUUCGGAAACUAUCUCGCUUUACUCGAGAGUCUCGGCCAUUUUGAUUUGAUAACAUGGUGGCAUAAAUGACAUUUAGCAGGUAAGCAUCAGUAAAAUACCUAAACUAAAGUUUUUUUUCAAACAGAAAGAUAUUCAAUGUAUAACAUGUAGGCCGUAAAUGCUUAUAUUAAUGAAAUGAAAAUGAUUGGCAAGCAACAGGCAUAUCUAUUUUACCGUCUAUUUUACCGUCAAAAUUAGGUCAAAUUACGUUUUCUAGAUUUUAGGUAGUUAUUUAUAGGUAAUAUUGAUUGCGGUUUUUUAAGAAUAUGUCUGAUAUUGGAUAGAUAGAUAUUAUCAAAAUGAUUGAAUAUGUUAAAGAUACUAAAUAGAAUUCAUUAUCGUUUGUUGGAUGUAUAUAUUUUUGGAGACCGGUUUGAAGUGAACCAAAGUUGACAUAGUCUGAUGAUGGUAUGAGUUAUAAAUUGUGAGGUAUUGAGUCAUGUGAUUUAUUUUUAUCCAAUGGGAUUUUCAUAAUGGAGGAUACUGUACUGUUUCUGAUACUCAUAUUUUCUGUUCUUUGUCUUUCAUUUGGAACUUUAAUCGGUGUUUUUCUCCUAUUAUUUACAGUAUCUAGAAGGUGGACUGCUUUGUUUUUAUCUUGGAAUCGUGAUUUGCAAUAGGGAGCAAUCUGAUUGGUACUGAAAUUGAGUUUGAUAAUGGAAACAAGAAGGAAAAGAAAAGAGGUAGAGAGCCAAAAGACUGAGUUACAUAAGUUGGUUACUUAUGUUAAAGGUAAGU